UAAAUUAGCGCCAAAAUUGGGUGCCUUCGAAUGGAUACGAAUUCAGUGAGUCCAUUGCCAGAUGCUCCUUUAGCCAUGAUGGAAAACGAGAAAACACCACCGGGAACACCUUCAGCCAUGGAUAUGCCACCGCCACCAGAUGAAAAACGCUAUGAAGAAGAUCCGGAAAAUGCCUGGAAUUGCGGUUCAUGGUUUGAAUAUCUCCUCAUUGUGAUUCUGUCCACCAUUUUGCUGGUGGGCGUUUUGGUGCUCACACUCUUCUGGGUUAUAUUCUAUCGUGGUGGUUUUGCCUGGUCGGAAAAUCCUGAAUUGCAAUUUAAUUUACAUCCCGUAUUGAUGGUGGCCGGUUUCAUAACAUUCUCUGGAUUUUCAAUUCUUUUGUAUCGCCUGUGCCGCUGCCUGAAACACAUCUACGUGAAACUGGUUCACAUGCUCUUUCAUGCCUGUGCCAUUCCAUGUAUCGCUUUGGGAUUCUUGUCCGUAUUCGAUUCGCACAAUCUAUCCGAGCCGCCGAAACCGAACUUCUAUAGCCUGCACACAUGGUUGGGUUUCGUGACAAUGGGCAUGUUCGCCAUGCAAUUUGUUGUUGGUUUCUUCAGCUUUUUGAUAUUAUUAUGCUGUGAGAACCGCACUUACAAUUGCCGUGCCACCAUGGUGCCAAUCCAUGCCAGUUUCGGUUUGGCCAAUUUUAUGAUGGCCAUUGCGACAUGUGUCACCGGUCUCGUAGAGAAGGAACGUCAAAUGAUUGGCGCCGAGAAUGGUGAAACAGCAUUAAGCACCCGCAGUUCCGAAAUCGAACAUUAUAUUAUGAACUCAUUGGGUAUUGUCUUGGUGGCGAUAGGCAUUAUUGUAUCGGUUGCCGUUAGACGUUCAAAUGCUCCAGCCACUGCCAAAGUCUAUGUUACCGAACGGAUUUAAGUUCGUUGAA